GACGGAAGCAUCAAUUUUCCCUCCAAAAAAGAGGCACCGGGUGUGGCAGGUAACCCACGUUUUGGCUCCGAAGUCCACGCGCCCUCUCGCCUCGCCACGAUCAUUCUGUGCCUUCUGCGCUGUCCUGGAUUACCCUAACUCCUCUGUCAUCUCAGAUUCUUGAUUAUGUGCUUUUGAGAUCAUUCACUUGAACAAGGUUCACUUCUUUGUUAGGGUUACUGCUGUCACAUGCGUGCAUUUAUCCGCCAAUAAAUCUGAAUGGGUUCUUGUGGCAGUGGUGAUACUGAUAGUAUAACCACGUCAAUCGACAUGGAUGAAGUUGUAGAUGUUAAUUUUGAUGAUACUGUGCCUCUUGACAGUCAAUUAUCGCCGUCUUCGUUCUCCGGUGGAAAAGAUGAUAUUGGGAUGGAUAACGAUUGGCAGUAUCUUGAAAACAUAGUUCCUUUGGAUGAUGACGCUCCAGUUGAUUAUGAUGCAUUUGAAACCCAGCCUGUAAAUCUUGCUGGUGAGACUCAAGUCUUGAGUAUUGCUGGUGAAACACAAGUUUUGGAUGAUAUUCAUGGUGGGGAGGAUAAUAACGCCCAGUUAUUGGAUAUGAUUGAUCAAGAAGUUGCCAUUGACAGUCAUACUGACAGAACAGAUGGAAUUGACAUUUUGGAGAAUGUGAAUGAACCCUAUUCUGAUCAUUGUCAAUGCAUAGUUGGGGCGCAAUCAGCAGAUCCCAGGCAGAUUUCAUGUGAACCUCUUAGUAGACCUGGUGAGAAGAAACUAUUGGAGAAGACUGAUUCUGUAAUCAAUCAACAGAUCAGUUCAGGUUCAAUGCCUCCACGGUUUACUUCUGUCCGUGUUGAAUCUUUGCGUGAAGCUGCUCGCAUUAUGAAUUUGAAACAAAGCAAGGAUGGGACCAAUGCUGUCAUGGGUAUGAGUCAAUCCCAGAAAUCACUUUCUGCAAAGAAUAAUGAGGAACCUUUCCUUGGAUACACAGAGAAAACCAGGGAAUAUGAUCAUGGGGAACACAGAGGUGAAGCAAAUGGAGUAUUUCAUAAAGAUAAGUCCAAAAUUGCCAGCUCAGUAGUGAGAAAGCUAUUCAAUGAUGAUUUGUCUGCUGAAAAGGAAGUAUGUCCGUAUAAUGACAAUGAUGUCAAUGGAGAAGAAAGCUUGACUAAGCUGUCUAUUUAUGAUGAUGAGUUGGCUGGACUAAGCUAUGUUAACUCUCAAGAACCUGGAGAGUUAACACAGGCAGCUGCUCUUGAUGUUGUUGAUAAGUUACUUAAAGAAAAUGAUGUUCUGGAGUUUGAUCAAGAAUCUAACUUCAUUAAGAAUGUUCAGGAAAGCUCAAAAAAUCUUCCCAGUUUAAAAGGGCAACAAAGUUUGGCCAAGAGAGUCAAUGGUAGUGGCACUACUGGAAAAACUGGGGUUUAUGACUGGGAUGACAGCCGUGAGGAUGAUGGUGGGGGAGAUAUAUUUCUUAGGAGAAAGGAUGAGUUUUUGGAGGGUGCAAUGCCAAGGCGAAAAUCCUUGCCAGCAAUCAAGAAAAUUGAAGUUAGCAGACCAGAUGGCAACGAUGAUGAGGGACAAAGUACCUGUAGUAAAAGAAUGAGGGAAGUACGAUCUGAUUCAAGACUGAUAUUGCAUAAUCUUAAAGUGAGGGAUGACACUGUCAAAGAUGCAGUUAAAGAAUCAAAAAGAAAUCUUAUUGGUGACCUGGAUGAACUGUUUAACAUCAAUUACUCAGGAGCACAGUUGGAGCCUAAUGCUACAGCAGCAGAUGCACAGGAAGUGUUAGAGGUAGGUUUAGAUACUCAAAUGGCUGCUGAAGCAAUGGAAGCCUUAGGUAAUUGUGAGGGCAGUGAUAAUCAUGUUACUGAUAAAGCCACAGGAAGUAAUCUAGCAGAUCAACCCAAUAACACUUUUCCAAGUACAAUGAGGGCAAUUGCUUCAAAGAAAUGUUCAGAAAAAAAUGUUGGGAUUCAGAAAUGUGUUAAAUCAGAUUUAUUAAAAGCACAUAAUGAAGAAGCCAGAAAGCAAUGCAAAAGGAACAAUUUGAUGAAAAGAUCAAAGAGAAGUACGUUAAAUGUGGAAGGCAACCUAAUCUCUGGUGCUAGUGAAAAUCGUAGUAAAUUUCCUUCUCAGCUUGUUGGGCAAAGAAAGUCAGCAACGGCUUCAAAAAGACACAAGGGUAAUGAAUUACAUGAUUGCACUGGCAGUAAGGAAGAAAACGGAGGAAGCUUGGUCAGCAAAAGGCAUUUUCAGAGUCAAGCUUGUCAUUUUUCACCGGUCGCUCGUAGAACUAGACGAUCCUUGAUUGCAAAUCAACUGAAGCCUGAUAGACCAUCAAGAAGUCAUAUAGAAGAGGAUGGAAGGAUUGACUCCCUUGAGGGAAAAAAUAGUAGUGCUGGCUUCCAGGCAUCUAAGACAUUAGAUCCCAAGUUUAAACCAAGUUGUUCUGAUCACUCUGAAGACAAUGAAAAUACGAGUUUGAGUGCUGUUAAUAACGACACUAAAAGAGAUACCUUGGACCAUCCAAGGAGAAGAUCUCUUAGGAAGUUGUCUAAUCAUGACAAAGGAUUGGAGAGAUUGGUUGGUUCAUCUAAUUUGUCUGUGCAGUCUGAAGAUGUUGGGCUGUCAGCUGCAAGGAAGAGAAAAAUGAGGGCAGAUGAUUCACCAAGAGGGAGUUUUAAGUCAUCUGACUUGACAUCUACAACACCAGAUAAAUGUAGAACUCCAGUAAAUGAUGCAUCACCUGUUUGUAUGGGUGAUAAUUAUUACAAACAGUCAUGCAAUAGGGAACUCCGUAGAGAACUCUGCAGCUUAAGUGCUACGGGACUUGAAUUUACACCAUCUAAAGAUUCAAGGAAGAGGAGGGAUAUCACCAAUGUCCGAAUUCUGUACAGUCAACACUUGAAUGAAGAUAUAAUUAAGCAUCAAAAGAAGAUUUUAGCACGACUUGGAGUCUCUGUGGUAACUUCCAUUCUAGAUGCAACUCAUUUCAUUGCUGAUAAAUUUGUGCGUACAAGGAAUAUGCUAGAAGCUAUUGCUUCUGGCAAACCAGUGGUUACCCAUUUAUGGAUUGAGAGCUGUGGACAAACUAAUUGUUUAAUUGAUGAGAAAAAUUACAUAUUGAGGGAUGCCAAAAAGGAAAAGGAGUUUGGCUUCUGUAUGCCAGCAUCAUUGGCACAUGCAACCCGACAUCCACUUUUAGCGGGUCGCAAAGUUUUGAUCACCCCCAAUACUAAACCUAGUAAAGAGAUUGUUUCAUAUUUAGUCAAGGCAGUUCAUGGCCAGGCUGUAGAGAGAAUUGGCAGAUCUUCGUUGCAACAUGAUAAGAUUCAGGAUGAUCUACUGAUCCUUUCAUGUGAAGAUGAUUAUGCCUUAUGCGUGCCUUUUCUUGAAAAAGGGACAGCUAUAUACAGUUCAGAGCUAUUAUUAAAUGGCAUAGUUACUCAGAAGCUGGAGUAUGAAAGGCAUCGUCUUUUUGCAGACAAUGUGAAGAAAACCCGGUCCACCAUAUGGUUAAAAGAUGGUGGAACAUUCCGAGCUGUGAAUAAAUGUAAAUAACCCUGUCUGGUUCCAAUUUUUCUGAGUUUUCCUUGUGAUCUUUUUGUAGUUUUUAGGUCUUUUGUAUUAUAUCUUUCAUAACGGAUAGAUGUGCCUGCAAUUUUUGUUCUACACGCGUGUUUUACUUUUAGUUGUGUAGAAGAUGCAUCUCCCUUUCGGCCACUUUUGUUCCUGUUGUUUGGUCUACGUCGUUGCGAUAAAGUUGAGAUGAUUUUGAUAUUACAUUCACAUUGAACUUGAUUUCGCAGACGAGAUGUGCACUUUAAUCA